CUUCGAACAUACCGCCCAUCGAUAUCGCCGACCUCGAUUCUCUUAAAACAACUGAAACGAAACGAAACGAAACGAAUCGAACUGCAAUUUUAUUCCAAACAAAACAUCCAUAAUACAACUGUGCUUCGACGGACCGACAGAGCAAGAUUAAUUCUCCCUCUCUACCGAAGCUCAAAUAAAAGAAGAAGAAAAGAACUUGCCAAUCAAAAGCGAGCAGUGACGUUUAUCGACCCAAUUAAUCCAUCAAAACUGAACAAGAAAAAAAACGGGAACAUAUCCUUGCGAGCAGAUCUUUGGCUUCACAACUCAUCAUAUCAUUCCUGAGACGAGGCAUAAUCAAGAAUGAGUUGGUUUGGAAACAACAAGGGUGCGUAGAUUUGUUGCGUCUUCCCUGUUCAUGAAUAUGACAAGGGACGCCGGGGAAUGAAAAUAAUUUGGCAUCGGCAAACUUAUUUCCUAUAUAUCUUGUUUUCAAUUCUCAUUUCGUUCACUAAUUGUGAUGCAAUCUGCUAUGUGCUGUAUUCUGCUCUCCGCAUGAUAAUAUUUUACUGUUGUUGCUUGCAACCAAACCAUAUUGCAACACAGAAAUGGCAAAUGCUGGAUAUGCGCAACCGACUGAGGAUCUACCCGUAGCGACUCUUGUCACGGAUGAUGCAGUCGCGACCGAAUACCAGCAAUUAAAUCAGCACCUUAACCAGGCUUCGGCACCUGUGGAACCUGUUGCUACAGCUACCUCCAGCGGAGGAGGCUGCUGUGCCGCCGCCGCCUCCAAACCACCGGCCACAGCUCCCCCCUCUUCCAAUUCUUGCACCAACAAUUAUUUGGACAGUGAUCCCACGAUCUCGCGCUUCCCCAUGAAUAUGAGGGAGUGUCCCAACUGCCACCGCGCCUCCAGGACGAGAGUGGUCACCAAGCCCUCGUGCAAAACCUGGGUUGCCUUCGGAAUCAUGACGGGUGUCUUUUGGCCUCUCUGCUGGGUCCCUCUAGUGUCGGAUUCGUGCAAGGAAACGGAACACUUUUGCACCUCGUGCGGAGCCAAGGUGGCCAAGGUCCGUGCCUUUCAGGACUGCUGCGUUGAGCAUCGGGGGUGAAACGAAGUGCAAUAGAAUUAUUGCUGUUGUAUUUCUUGGUCCACAUAAAUGUACUAAUGUCGUAGAAUGAAGUUAUAGAAUCAUU